AUGGUUCCUGAGGAUUCUCAAGCCCUUGCUGCCUCUCUGGAGCAGCUGAGUCUACAGGACCGACCGCGCUCAACUUCACCAUCCGCAAACCAGCCCUCAACAGAAGGUCGAGCCCGUAUUACACGCGACGCUCGCUCUUCCGCAUCAACACUGAAGGCGUCAGCUUCUCCAAACGCCUACGAUGCGCAGCAGAACCCAGGCUCACCUUCGGCAUCCAACGCGAGUACUGCGCCUUCAAAUGAGCCCGUACAGUUCAGCGCUCUCCAGCGCCACUACCUCACCAUUGGCGCGAGCGGUGUCAACGGCGCUGCGAGGCAAGCUGUAACCACUCAGCCUCCAAUCAGAACAUCACGCACUUGCAUCUUGCCGGAGGUGCUUCCUGGCGAGAUGCGCAACGGCAUCUACGAGGAAGCUCUUACCAUCAGCCCCGGCACCGACGGUACAGUGGAGUUGGUGAAGUGGGGACAGGUUCGUACCAGCAGCAGCAGUACCCUCCGUCGCUGGGAUAGCGCUGCUGGCCGCGAGGUCCGCAAGCAGCCUGUCGCCGCUCUCCUCGCAACAUGCAAGCAGGUGUUCAAUGAAGCCUGCAGCAUCUACUACUACCAGAACCACUUCAAGAUCUCAGGCGACGACAAGGGCCUGAACACAGCAUCACUGGGACACUUCAUGCUGUCGAUGCGCCCAGCUCGCUCGCGCCAUCUAAAGUCUCUGACCAUCACUGUCAACGACUUCGAACAGACUGUGCUGGCGAUGAACACAAUGCAGCAGCUCAUGGGCCUGGAAGAGCUGUGUAUCAUCGUUGAGGCGGACGGACCGGUCGAUCGGUUCGAGGAGAACAAGGAGGCGUUCGCUAAGGCUUUCGGAGAGAUGUUAGGGCUGAAGACCUUCUCUAUCCAGUCGUCUUCCAUCGACGAGGGCAUGGAAUGGGUCGCAGAUGCCCUCGGUAUCGAGCUGGGUUAG